AUGGGUGACCAGCGACAAGCCACACGCGUCAGGAGCCUGGAGUUCCAUCAGGAUGAUCUCAAAUUGAAUUCGCAAAAGGGGAAAAAUGCGAUUGUCAUGGGUUGCAUUGCUUUCAGUACUGGUAUCGCGUCUUUUCUUGCUGGUGUCAUUACUAUCGCUAUUCCUAUCAUGGCCCAAGAUCUUCAUAUCCCCGACAACCUGGUUUUAUGGCCGGUCACGGUAUACUCUUUGGCUUGUGGAUGUACUCUCCUCGCGUGUGGCUCGGUCUCGGAUGUUAUCGGAAGCAGACGAAUGUUCUUGUCAGGCUGUUUCCUUCAAUGUUUCAUGACAUUGGCUUGCGGUCUAUCCAGGAACACGGCAGAAAUCAUCGCUUUUCGCUCUUUUUCAGGCAUCGCAGCUUCCUUCUGCUUACCAUCCGCCGUCAGUCUCAUCAAUGAGGUCUUUCCUCCCGGUAAGGAGAGAAACAUCACUUUCGCUAUGAUGGGUGGAGCUCAACCUUUUGGUUUUGGUAUCGGCAUGGUCCUGGGUGGUGUCUUUACUGGAACUAUUGGCUGGCAGUGGGGCUUCCAUGUUGCUGCUAUCAUCAACUUUUUCAUGUUCAUUCUGGCUGCGUGGCAACUUCCUCCCACUCCAGCUGCUCACAAGCAACGCAUCUGGUCUCGAUUAGCGAACGACAUCGAUUGGCUCGGUCUCAUCCUUGCGAGCGGCUUCCUCGCCAUGCUGUCUUAUGUCAUUUCUGCAUUGACCGGCGACUUGACAGUGAUGAAGAAGCCUGUCAACAUCACUCUGCUGGUCCUCUCAUUCGUUCUCCCGGGCGCUUUUGUUCUCUGGGUCGGACGUCAAGAGCGCCUCGGGCGACCUGCACUCAUUCCCAACUCUCUUUGGCAACACAAAGGAUUCUCUUGCAUCUGCUUCAAUGUUUUUUGUGUCUGGGCUGCAUUCAAUGCCUUUGAGCAAUACGCCAACUUUUUCUUCCAGGACGUUCAAGGCAACACACCUCUGGGCACUGCUCUUCGCUUCUUGCCUGCUCCCGUCUCUGGAGCUCUUGCCAACAUUGGAGUCGGUCUGCUCGUCCAUCGCAUCCGCGGAGACUGGAUCGUCGUGCUUACGAGCAUUGUUUCCGCUCUCGCUUCGCUCUUGAUGGCCAUCAUCAACCCCGACUGGUCAUACUUCCGUUGCGCCUUUGUAGCCCAAUUCUUCAACCCCGUCGGUGCUGAUGGCAUGUUCACCGUUGCCAACCUGCUCAUUACAUCCAUGUUUCCACCUGGCGAGCAAGGAGUUGCAGGCGGCGUAUUCAACACCAUUUCUCAGACUGGAAAAUCUGUUGGUAUGGCUUUGACAUUGCUUAUCGCUCAACAAGUCACUGCAAACUCUUCUUACGAGGACAAAACAUCUCCAGCAGCACUAAUGCAUGGAUAUAGAGCUGCAUUCUGGUUUUGUGUUGCUUUGAUUGUAGCGAGUUUGCUUGUCAGUGUUUGGGGACUUAGAAGGAUUGGAAAAGUUGGUCUCAAGAAGGAUUAG